GGCGGCCGGCCGCGGAGCAAGAUGCGGCGCGGCGCCCUCCCGCUGGCAGCAUGAGCCUGUCCUUCCUCGGCCUCCUCUUCCUCGCCCUCCUCGCCCGCGCCAGGCGGGAGCAGGUGCCCGGCGGGGCGCCGGCGGGCCGCGCCGCCCCCGCGCCUUCCUCCUCCUCCUCCUCCUCCUCCUCCUCCUCCUCCUCCUGGGCGGCGGCGGCGGCGGCGGGGCCGAGCCGCUUCCCGCGGAGCCGCCCGGGGCGCCGCCGGGGCCGCCUCUACUGCCGGGUGGGCAUCGGCUUCCACCUGCAGCUGCACCCCGACGGCCGCGUCGACGGCGCCCACCACGCCGGCCCGCUCAGUAUUUUGGAAAUAUUUGCUGUGUCUCAGGGGAUUGUAGGAAUACGAGGAGUUUUCAGCAACAAAUUUUUAGCGAUGUCAAAAAAAGGAAAACUCCAUGCAAGUGCCAAGUUCACCGAGGACUGCAAGUUCAGGGAGCGCUUUCAGGAGAACAGCUACAACACGUACGCCUCGGCGGCCCACCGCAGCCAGCGGUCGGGCAGGGAGUGGUACGUGGCCCUCAACAAGCGGGGCAAGGCCAAGCGGGGCUGCAGCCCCCGCGUGAAGCCCCAGCACGUCUCGACCCACUUCCUGCCGCGCUUCCGGCGCGCCGAGCAGCCCGAGCUCGCCUUCACCGUCACCGUCCCCCAGAGGAAGAAGCCCCCGGCCCCCGCGCCGGCAAAACCCCCGGCGGCCGCGCCGCGCAGAAACCCCGCGCCCGUCAAGUACCGCCUCAAGUUUCGCUUCGGGUAGGCGCCACGGAGGGCAGCCGCUCCCCGGGACGGGGCCGUGGGACGGCGCGGGAUAGCCCCCGCUUCAGCGGGGCUCCUGCUGCAUCGCCGCGCGAUGGCCGGCAGCAGGACCCGGAGCCCCGCGCCGAGAAGGCCCUUGCUGCGGUUCGGAAGGACGUGAGGAGGCUUUUGGGUUUGCCUUAAAUAGCUUUCUUGGGUUCCUGUUCUGGUUUUCACUCUCCAAAGCGUUGCGACCGUCCCGUCCCUUUGGAAGCACAGGCUGGAGCUAUUGCACUUCUGCUUUCCAAAGAACAGACUUGUGAUGUAGAGAAAAUAUCCUAUGAACUUUGGGUUAGUUUUGUUGCUGAAAGAAGCAGAAAGGUACCUCUACGGCGAACUUAUUUUCUUACCUUAUUUUAGGUGAUGACACUGGUGACAAUCAUUUUCAUACAAGAAAUGUGUUCAGCGCCGACACAUUACAUGCAUUUUUUUUUCCUUGCAUCUCCUCCUCUUUGCUGCACUUUUGACUUCCGACCAUACCUCAGCCAUGGUAGAUUCAGGUCUGUCGACUUAAAAAUCUAGUUUGCCUACUCUUACAAAUCAACUUCUCCCUUCCAGAACAAAACAACAAAACCAAGCCCUACACGUUCACCUUAUGGGUGACACUGGGUGGGGGGGAGUCUAAUCCUCUUUGGCAAUACUUUUUCCUUUUUUUCUUUUUUUUUCCCCGGAGGUUUCAAGUUUGGGGAAGGGAAUUUUUCCUAGACAAGCAACCCUGACCCUCGUCUUGUCUCUCCUACUCUUUCUUGAACAGCUGGAAGAGUAAGUCUUACUCUGUCCAUCAACGUAUCCCUGGGAAGUCUGUGUUUAAAAUACCUCUGGCAUGACCCUGUAGCAUUCCUGCUAUUAUGGGUCCGCAGGGAGGGAGCUGCGCUACGGGAGAAGCGGAGGGAGGCCAGCCGGUGUAUCAAGUAACCGCCGGCAGGGCCGCGGCGCGGCAUCGAACGUGGCUGUGGUCACUGCCCCAGGGAAAUAAAAGCUCUCCUGAGGCGCCUGCCCCGAAGGGAAAGGGUCCCGCGACGGGGCCGGGCCGGGACCGAAGGGUGGGCAGGACGCUGCCGCGAUCGACCCUAAUCCCAGCUCCGGAUGGAGCGACACGGGUUUACGCUGGGAGCGCUUUGGGCUUACUAUCACCCAGCACGGGGGUAGCUCUGCGGUGCAUUAGUUCCUACGGUUUACAGGAUUUAUUUAUUUUUUAUUGCAUCAGCAUUCAUAAUACACUUAUGGAAAAAAAAACAUUUUAUAGUAAACGUGGCAAGAUGGCAAUAAACAAUCUUGUAGCUACUUGAAUCUUGGAAGUAUUUUUUCCCCCUGAGGUAGUCGUAUGGCUUUUACUGUUGAAUAGUUUUUCAGCUGUGUUGUUAUCUAUGAAGUAAUUAUGCAUAUAAAGUUUUUAUCAGCAUCUAGCUGUGUUAGGUAUGUGAAGAAGACAGUAGAGUCAAAACUCACCAGUUAAGCCUUAAUAGAAGUCUAGCCUGGCUUGCAAUAGUAGUAUCCAUACUUAAAUGAGCUGCACUAGCAUUGUAGUUGCGGAUCAGCAAUAACAAAGGCAGGCAGUGCUGUCUAGCGUUUUACCAAAAUCUGAAAAUCCCACACAUGGGUAUUUCCAUUUAAAGCAUCGUUUUUCACCCAUCAUCAUCCUGAAUGGCCUCUGUGCGGGUGUAUCCAUCCCAUUCGGCGGGGAAACUGAGCACACUCGGAAAGUCUUUCUAUUUUUAAUACGGGGAAGUAAAUGAUUUUGCGUAAGGGCGUACACUAUACGUACUGGAAUGGAUGGUGACGCCGGAAUAAAAUAUAAUCGUGCUUCAUUUUAAAA